AUGAACAACCGGCAGGUAUCUGAUCCUUCCACUCAGGAUUCGUUACCACAAUCAGAUAAUGGAGCGGUCGUAGUUACAAUAAACAAACAAGAGAAUGUCCCAGAUCUACCCUCUUCAAACUGGCAGCCUCCCUCAAAAACCAAGGAACAAACUUUUUCUCAACCGGUGGAUAUGCCUAACACAAGGAAUGGGACGUUUAAAACCGACGCACCUGCAACGCAUAAUAACGACGUUGAUUUUGCACCCAAGGAGGAUACUGUUGGAGCGGAAUGUGCCUCUGAGGAUCAUUUUACGAUACCCUCUCAUGGCACAGCUUCCUGUCCCAAUCAAAGUGCUACAAGGAGCCCAGUAGAGCAAAAUGGCACGGGGACGGAGAUUAGUCCCACCACUGUGAUACUGGGGACAGAUGGAAACAAUUCGGUUCUACCUGGCACAGUGACCGGGGACGGGGUAAGUGCCCAUUCCUUUAUUACUCAGGCAUGACGCGAGAAAAAGCAUGACCAGAACAUAGUCAAUGGCUGAUUUCAUUUGACAAGUGUAAACUGGUGUGCAGCCUAAACGAAUUUCACUUUCCUGAGAGCAUUUCGCUGGUGUUCGGUCCCAAUGUAUUGCUUACUGCAGAGCAGGGUGUUUUGGAGUAAUUUGUAACGCUGCAGGCCCUCUCCAUUGUUCUAUUCCCUGGGGACAUAUAAAACCAGAUAGCGCCCUUUGUGUGGAAGUGAUGGAACGCAUCAGGACUGUAGCCUAAUCCAAACAGAAUCAUUAGAAUUGAUAGGUAGAAUUUUCAAAUUCAGUGUCGAAGAACAAUAGUCCUACAUUUAUAAAUACAAAAAGUGUGAAAUGUGCAGGAAUAUAUCAAAUUGAGAGAGGAUCAUUAAAGACUUUUCGACAUCAAUCACUUAUAUUAGUUUUUUUAAAUAACACAUUUGAAGUUAACCGUUAAACGUUAAUUGCUUCCCCCAGGAUGAUGAUGAUGAAGGAGGAGAUGAGAAUAAAGCGAGGGGAAACUGGUCCAAUAAAAUGGACUUCAUUCUCUCAAUGGUUGGAUAUGCUGUUGGUCUGGGAAAUGUUUGGAGAUUCCCAUACCUAGCCUUCCAAAAUGGAGGAGGUAAAAGACACAUUUAUGUUGCAAAACAAUUUUUAUUCGUUUGUUCACUUCAUCAACUGCAUCUGCUUAUCUCAGGAAAGAAAACAGAAAAUAUUCAAAUCAUUAAUAUUUUUUGGGAAGAAAAAAAAAAAUCCCUAUCUGUUCAUUCAUUUUAGGGACCUUAUUCGUUUUAGCAUUUGACUAUUAUUUCAAUAGCCUAUUUUAACAAAUUAAAUAAUAAUAAAUAAAUAAUUUAUUUACAAGAAUAAUAAUCUUCAUAAUUACAAUAAUAAUUAUGUGAUUCGUUUAAUAAUCUAGUUAAUAUUAUUAAAUUAAACGAAUAAUAAUUGUGAUUCAACCACAAUUUACAUUUAUAUGUUGUGAAAUUACAUAUUUCCCGUCCAAUAAUUUUACCAUUCAGCCUAUAUUUCCUACAAAGCUGUGGUCGGAUUGAGCUGCCUGACAUUCAGUUUCGUUUCCACAUUCUUCCUGCAGGUGCUUUCUUGAUUCCUUAUUUAAUCAUGUUGGGCCUUGCUGGAAUCCCCAUAUUCUUAUUGGAGGUGUCCUUGGGUCAGUUUGCAAGCCAAGGGCCCGUGUCAGUAUGGAAAGCAAUCCCUGCUCUUCAAGGUAAGCCAAACAACAGCGAUCAUACUUGAACAGUAAGUAAGCAUAGUCCAUAAAACAUUUUUUUUAAUAACCUGUACAUUUCAGGUUCAAAAGAGUAAUUUCUAUAUUUCGUCUCAUUCGUUAUUUUAGGUUGCGGGAUUGCCAUGUUGAUAAUAUCAGUCUUGAUUGCCAUAUACUAUAACAUUAUAAUGUGCUGGACACUGUACUACCUGUUCGCUUCGUUGAAGGGCUCACUCCCCUGGGCGAACUGUAAGAAUGAAUGGAACACUCAAGAUUGUAAGGACAAAGACAUGCUUCUUCUUGGUAAGUAUUCAGAAGGCAGAACACCUUCCAAUUGGGAAUACAAGGAUUCAUUGUUGUUAGAAAUGUUUAUUGUGGGAAAAUACUGUGUAUUUCAUUUAUUCAGGGCUUUAAAAUCAAAAUACACUGUAUUUGAAUUGUAAGUCAUAUAAAUAGGCCACCAUCGAAAACUAUGGCAAAGCAAUAAUGUCAGGUACUGUAAAAAUGCUUACUUGACACAAUUCUUGCUGUAGGGCAGGCUACUGUGACGCCCUCUUGUGUCCAUCUGUUGUUCUUGCACUGCACAGUGGAUUUAUUCAUACCACCUCAAUUUUAGCCACCACAGAAGUGAACUGCUCACACACGCUACCACCCACUUUCUUUGCUUUUGCUCUCCUGUCAGAUUCAUGCAUUCUGCGGGAUGGGAAUACCAACUCUAUAAGGAAUACUACAUUCUGUUUGUCUGCCGAUGUCAUUGGGAAUCUGAGCAAACUCACUAACAUCACAUCUGAGAUCAACAAAACCUAUGUCAGCCCAAGUGAAGAGUAUUUUAAGUAAGUAUAGUUUAUUAUGUAAAAAUAAAAAAAAUAUCUGCUGUGUGUGUGACUGAAGUUAGAUUUGUCAGAGAAAAUGUGGGUUCGAUAAAAUAAUGUAUGCGCUAACUGUAAGUCGCUCUGGAUAAGAGCGUCUGCUAAAUGACUAAAAUGUAAAUGUAAAUGUAAAAUAAUAUCUUAUUAAUUUGAAGACAUUGCGUUGUAACCUGAUGUCUCCCACUCCCUCUCUCCAUGCAGGUAUAAUGUCCUGAACAUCUCCAAAGGGAUAGAAUACCCAGGGGACAUCCGCUGGCCUCUGGCCCUCUGUCUCCUCUUAGCCUGGGUUAUUGUCUACGCCUCACUGGCUAAAGGAAUCAAAUCAUCUGGGAAGGUAAUCUUUGUCACUUUCCAGCCAACGUGCUUAUAUUCAUCUUUUGAGGCUUUUCUUAAGAGAUAAAGUUGUUGUGGUUAUUGGUGUCUGUUUUUGGAUUGUUGUCUUUAUGUCUGUGUUGCUGCACUGAUUGAGUUUCCCCUCUAGGAUUAUUAAAGUAUUUAUAUUCUAUUUUAUUGUAGUGUAUUCUGUUCUGUUCUAUUCUAUUCUAUAGGUGGUGUAUUUCACGGCUACCUUCCCCUACGUGGUGCUGGUGAUUCUGCUGGUCAGAGGAGUGACUCUGCCUGGGGCUGGGGAUGGCAUCCUCUACUUCAUCACUCCCAAGUGGGAGAAACUCUAUGAUGCCAAGGUGUGGAAGGAUGCUGCAACCCAGAUCUUCUUCUCCCUGUCAGCAGCCUGGGGUGGACUUAUCACGCUGUCCUCCUACAACAAGUUCCAUAACAACUGCUACAGGUGAGUGGGGUUAAACCCUAUGGGACGGUUUCCCGGACACAGAUUCUCCAUUGAGUAUGCUUCUUACUCCAGGACUAGUCUUAAGGGGCCAGGAAACAUGCCCUACAUGCAAAGCUAUACUGUAGAUGCAACAACUUGUUUCAGACAGUUUCAGACUUCCUCCACUUUGAUCGACUGUCUUUGAUCUUUUAGGGACACCAUCAUUGUGACCUGCACCAACAGUGCCACCAGCAUCUUCGCAGGGUUUGUCAUCUUCUCUGUCAUCGGGUUUAUGGCUCAUGAGCUGAAAGUGCCCAUCGAACAGGUGGCUGAUGAGGGUAAAGAAAAACUUUAUUCUAUUCUAUUCAAUUCAAAUAACGUUUUGAAGUAACAUUAGUGUAACCAGACAGUUCUGUUGUCUUGUUGUGAUCCUGUAGGUCCUGGCAUAGCCUUCGUAGUGUAUCCAGAGGCCCUCACCAGACUUCCGCUCUCUCCCUUCUGGGCCAUCAUCUUCUUCCUCAUGCUACUCACACUGGGACUGGAUACCAUGGUAACUAUUGUUCUGCUUUCUGUUUUGUGUGGAUGUAAGUGUGUGUAUUUAAUUACUUUGGUGUCAUCGCUCCAAGUGUCGCAUAAGACCUCCACAAGGUCUUAGUGGUUGGUAAGACCUCCACAAGGUCUUAGUGGUUGGUAAGACCUCCACAAGGUAUUAGUGGUUGAUAAGACCUCCACAGGUCUUAGUGGUUGAUAAGACCUCCACAAGGUCUUAGUGGUUGGUAAGACCUCCACAAGGUCUUAGUGGUUGAUAAGACCUCCACAAGGUCUUAGUGGUUGAUAAGACCUCCACAAGGUCUUAGUGGUUGAUAAGACCUCCACAAGGUCUUAGUGGUUGAUAAGACCUCCACAAGGUCUUAGUGGUUGAUAAGACCUCCACAAGGUCUUAGUGGUUGAUAUGACCUCCACAAGGUCUUAGUGGUUGAUAAGACCUCCACAAGGUCUUAGUGGUUGAUAUGACCUCCACAAGGUCUUAGUGGUUGAUAAGACCUCCACAAGGUCUUAGUGGUUGAUAAGACCUCCACAAGGUCUUAGUGGUUGAUUGUAAGUGUGUGUAGUACCAAGAUCAUGUCAUGUUGCUUUCUGUUGAUUGACAGAAUCCAUUGUAUUAACUAUGUAUCUACUAUCCCUGUCUCAGUUUGCCACUAUUGAGACCAUAGUGACGUCUGUGUCAGAUGAGUUCCCCAGAUAUCUGAGGAAGUACAAGGCCCUCUUCACCCUGGGGUGCUGCACCUCUUUCUACAUCCUGGGGUACCCCAUGAUCACAGAGGUAAGGCCUAAUCUGAUCCUCAACGUGCGUCUGCAGUGUUCAGCGUGAAUGUGGGGGAAGAUGCCUUGAAAAGGCGCUGUGUAGAGCACUGCUCUACAACGGCUAAAUCCCGGCCCUAGUCAUUUUGUGAAUGCAGUAAAUGUAUUAUACAGUUUCGGUGUCUGAGUGCCACGUCUCAAACACUAAGGAGACACAGUCAAACCAAUAGAAUGACAUCGAGAGUCAGUGAGACUGUAUAGAGGACUGCUACGUUUUUAGUGCUCUGAUGGGUUUUGUAUCCCAUCCUGACAGAAUGGAAUGUAUAUGCUUCAGCUGGUGGACACAUACGCAGCCUCGUAUUCUCUGAUCAUCAUCGCCAUCUUUGAACUGGUGGGAGUUUCAUACAUUUAUGGUGAGUCGUGUGGUUUUGACAGGCACUGGUCCAGUGUUUGUACAGUUUUUUCAGUGUCGCAUUAUCAUUGUAAUGUCACCGUAUUCGACAGAUGCCUUAUUCGGCAUAGACCUUAUUCGGCAUUCCUGUAAACGUUUUCAAGAUAUGCUUUAAUUGAGUAACAUGAACCAUUAUCCACCUUGGUACUGUAUGUGAAAGGACUCAAACUAACUGGUGGUUGUGUUCUAGGUCUGAAGAGGUUCUGUGAAGACAUUGAAAUGAUGAUCGGGUUCCAGCCAAACAUGUUCUGGAGGGUCUGCUGGGCCUUUGUGACCCCCACCAUUCUCACAGUAGGUGCUACCAUCCCCAGGCCAAGAUUAAAUAUACUCUAUAUUCCAAUGUUGCUCUGUGUAAUUUUAUAUAGAACAUGUUGCUUUUGGCAUAAGACAUGGUGUUAACUGCAUAGAAAUAGAAUGACAUGGACAUUGUGCAUCACUAUACCACGUCCAUGAGUGUGUUAGUCCAGGGUUUCCCAAACUCGACCCUGGGGCCCACCCUGGGUGCACAUUUAGGGUAUUGCUAUAGCAUUACACAGCUGAUUCAAAAGAUUAUUUGAAUCAGCUGUGUAGUGCUAGGGUAAAAACCAAAACGUGCACCCAGGGAGGGCCCCAGGACCGACUUUGGGAAACACUGUUCUAGUCAAAUGCAGGGGCUUUAUCCCUUCUAAUAAUUAUGUUUCUAUGGUUCAGCUAAUGCUCAGUAGCCUUUAAUGUCUCGGUUGUCCCUGUCUUCUGUCUGUACUACAGUUUAUCCUGGGUCUGAGUCUGUACCACUGGAAGGUGAUGACCUAUGAGACCUACACCUACCCCACCUGGUCCAUGGUGAUGGGCUGGCUCAUGGUGGUGUGUUCUGUUAUCUGGAUCCCCAUCAUGUUUGGCAUCAAGAUGCACCUGGCCCCCGGCACCUUCAUCCAGGUAUGAGAUGAUUUACUGUAGCUUUCCCUCCGCUAAAGACAUUUACUGUAGCUCCCCCCUCUGCAAAAUACAUUUACUAUAGCCCUCCCCCCGCUAAAGACAUUUACUGUAGCUCCCCCCCCGCUAAAGACAUUUACUGUAGCCCUCCCCCCGCUAAAGACAUUUACUGUAGCUCCCCCCCCCGCUAAAGACAUUUACUGUAGCUCCCCCCCCGCUAAAGACAUUUACUGUAGCCCUCCCCCCCGCUAAAGACAUUUACUGUAGCUCCCCCCCCCGCUAAAGACAUUUACUGUAGUCUCCCCCUCCCCCCGCUAAAGACAUUUACUGUAGUCUCUCCCUCCCCCCGCUAAAGACAUUUACUGUAGCUCCUCCCUCCCCCUGCUAAAGACAUUUACUGUAGCUCCCCCCUCCCCCUGCUAAAGACAUUUACUGUCUCUCUCAUCUUCCAUGUUAUGUAAUGAACCAAUAAUGUAGCCUAAUAAUGCCCAAUGUAGCCUAAUGUAGCCUAAUGUAGCCUAAUGUAGCCUAAUAAUGCCUAAUAAUGCCUAAUGUAGCCUAAUGUAGCCUAAUGUAGCCUAAUAAUGCCUAAUAAUGACUAAUAAUGCCUAAUGUAGCCUAAUGUAGCCUAAUGUAGCCUAAUAAUGCCUAAUAAUGACUAAUAAUGCCUAAUGUAGCGUAAUAAUGCCUAAUGUAGCCUAAUGUAGCCUAAUAAUGCCUAAUGUAGCCUAAUGUAGCCUAAUAAUGCCUAAUGUAGCCUAAUGUAGCCUAAUAAUGCCUAAUAAUGCCUAAUAAUGCCUAAUGUAGCCUAAUGUAGCCUAAUAAUGCCUAAUAAUGCCUAAUAUAGCCCGAGGUAGCCUAAUAAUGCCUAAUGUAGCUUGAUAGUGAAAUUGAGAUGCUUGGUAAGAUCAUCCUAGAAAAGAGUGAAAAUAAUUGGAAUAUUCUUCUGAUGCUUUGUUACUACAGUUGUUCCAGGACAUCUGGCUCAAGGGACCAUGGUUUUUAUACAACAGUGUUUUAAUGGUGUCCUAAUAUGUUACCCUGGUAUUAUGACAUGUUAUGUAAUGAAUUUAACUAUGUUUUUUCCUACACAGCGUCUGAAGCUAGUGUGCUCCCCUCAGCCGGACUGGGGUCCCUUCCUGAUGAAGCACAGAGGAGAACGCUACAAGAACAUGAUCGACCCGCUAGGAACCAACUCCCUGGGGCUCAAACUCCCUCCUAAACACCUCCAACUGGGCCAGACCCAGUGCUAA